AUGAACACAACCAACAACGGUACCGACAUCAUCGGGGACUGCGUGAAGCUGAUCAACGAGGCCCUGCCGAUCAUGUCCAUGACCCAUCCCGGUUACCCGUAUGUCCAGGUGAAACCAUGUGGCGACACCAUUCUCGCACGCAAUGAUAUGCCCCAUGUCAGCCUCUUUGCCACCAGCUUGACGCAAGGCAUCGUGUACGUCAACAUGAACCUGCCCGGAAUUCAACGGACUCUCAAGGAACUGGCCGAGAGCGGAGCCCCCUGGACCGAUUUCCAGGCAGUCAGAUACGAGUUUGUGACGAUAGAACCCAACUCGACCACUGUCUACCCGUCUCUUCCUGUAUCGACUAUUCCCGCGUCGACGAUCCCAGUGCCAGCCAUUCCCAACUCGAUGAAUUUCCUCAACAGCGUUUCGGUCAAUGGAAGUUUGGCGCAGGAAACCCCUGAACAAAAGUAA